AUGAAGACCGACGCUGCGGGCGCCCCAGGCAGAGAAGAUGCGGAGAAGGGAACUCCGGCCCCACAGCCCGUGGGCAAGGGAGAGGGCCUGGGCUGGGAGGAAGAGGAAGGAAGAGCCACCCUGAGCCUGACCUUCACCCUCCGGAAUGCUGGAAAGGUCGGGCUGUCCAAGACAGCCAAAGUCUUCGAGGCUUCUGAAGCUGGAAUCCAACACCUUGAAACCAGGCAAGCCAAAAUAUCCAAGAACACUACCGAUGACCUCGAAUUUUUUGUCAAAUGUGAAGUUCGUAAUUCUGAUGUCAGUGUCCUUAUAAACUCCUUAAAGAAAGUGGCAGAAGAUGUGAAAACUAUCAGAGAAAAAAGAGUCCCAUGGUUUCCAAAGAAAAUACGAGACCUUGACAAGUGCCACCAUCUGAUCUCCAAGUAUGAACCUGAUUUGGACCACGAUCAUCCUGGCUACACUGACCCAGAGUACAGGAAACGGAGAGCCUUCUUUACAGACCUGGCCUUCAGCUACAGAGAAGGAGACCUUUUGCCUAGAGUUGAGUACACUGCCCAGGAGACCGCUACCUGGAGAGAAGUCUACAGGAAGCUGAGCAGCCUCUAUCCCACCCACGCCUGUAAGCAGUACCUGGAUGCCUUUCAGCAGCUGGAGAAAUGCUGUGGAUACCAAGAGGAUAGUAUACCUCAGCUUCAGGAUGUCUCCAGAUUUUUAAAAGAAAGAACAGGCUUUCAGCUGAGGCCAGCUGCAGGGCUGCUAUCUCCUCGUGACUUCCUUGCCAGCCUGGCAUUUCGUGUCUUUCAGAGCACACAGUAUAUAAGGCAUUCCUCUUCCCCUAUGCAUUCCCCAGAACCGGACUGCUGCCACGAAUUGUUGGGCCAUGUUCCCAUGUUAGCAGACAAAGAAUUUGCACAGUUCUCACAGGCUAUUGGACUGGCUUCUCUUGGCUCAUCUGAUGCUGAGAUUGAAAAACUGGCAACACUCUAUUGGUUUACUAUUGAGUUUGGUCUCUGCAAACAAAAUGGAUCCAUCAAAGCUUAUGGGGCAGGACUCCUAUCAUCAUACGGGGAGCUUGUGUAUGCUUUAUCAAACAAGCCUGAGCACAAACCGUUUGAUCCCGAACUGACUGCAGUUCAUCCAUAUCAGGAUCAGACCUUCCAACCUGUCUAUUUUGUAGCAGAAAAUUUUGAAGAUGCCAAGGCCAAACUCCAAAAAUACGCUCUGAAGAUCAAGAAGCCUUUUUAUCUUCACUAUGAUCCAUUCACCUGCAGCAUAGAGGUUCUGAAUACACCUCAGAAAGUCAAGAACACGCUCAGUCAAAUGAAAGAGGAGCUGAAAAACCUCUGCUUUGCCCUUGAACACAUUUCUUAA